AUAGAUUCUUCCUACCCAAUGACGACAUGCUUUAUAGAACUAUAAUGCCGUCCUGAGGGUGGUAGUAAUUAUUUGUAUCAGUGGGCUUACUUCUGCAGAAACGUCUUCUGUCCUGGGUCGUAGCUUAAUUUGUGUUGAAACGUCAUUUUUCACUAGUAGUGUUAACUUUGCCAAGCAGCAUCUACUACGUCACGUCUCUUCCCUCCACUCUCAUCAGGACCGGUAGUGCUGAGGCUCAGGGAGUCAAUAGAGCUAGCUAAACACGCUCCCCAAUCCGGUGGUAGUCCCCUCCGCGUAGUAAGAAAACUACUAAUAGCCGUUACACUGCGUAAACCUCGUCUGCUUUUCUUGAUGGGUGAUGCAGGUGCGGUGUCGGUCGUUUAUAGGCAAGCUACCGUCCCCUCCAGAGCUAGCUAACGCUACACUAGCAUACACAGUUGAUUCCUCGGACUUAUCUACCGUACAGUGUAGUUGACUGUGCAACGGGGCAAAUGAGUGAACCUGUGAAGAGUUUGCCUUCCCCUUCUUCAUUGGGGCAACCUGCGGUGCCUGACACCUACAAAGGAUGGCUGUAUAAAUGGACUAACUAUUUGAAGGGCUAUCAACGCCGGUGGUUUGUCCUUAGCAACGGCCUUCUCUCAUAUUACAGGACUCAGGCAGAGAUGGCCCACACCUGCCGCGGCACCAUCACGCUGUCGACGGCACACAUCGAGGUGGGUGACGCCUGCCACCUGGUGCUGACCAGUGGAGGGCGGAGCUACCACCUGAAGGCCACCUCGGACGGAGAGAGUCAGCGCUGGCACGCCGCUCUCCAGCAGGCGAAGACCAACAUCACCAACAUGUUGCUCCAGUCAGAUGACUCUGGGGACGAGAGCCUUGUGCCCCAGCCGGACCGACUCCUGACCCAGGGGGCUUUGAAGACCCUGGCCAGUAAGCUGGAUGACUUGAGCACCUGCAACGAGCUCAUCGGCAAGCACGGUGCCGCCCUGCAGCGAUCCCUCAGCGAGCUUGAGGACCUGCGCCCGGCCGCAGACGGGAGUGACAGACUCAAGACCGUCAACGAGCGUGCCACCCUCUUCCGCAUCACCUCCAAUGCUAUGAUCAAAGCGUGUCGGGACUUCCUGGACCUAGCAGAGACACACAGCCGGAGGUGGCAGAGGGCCCUGCAGUAUGAGAGAGAACAGCGCCACCACCUGGAGGAGACCAUUGAACAGCUAGCCAAGCAGCAUAACAGCCUGGAGAGGGCCUGGAGAGAGUCUCCCAGCACACACCCAGACGGGGGUGAACGGACGCAGGAGGGAGACGCCAGCGAUGAGAACGAGGAUGCAGAGUUCUUUGACGCCAUGGAGGACUCCCCUGCCUUCAUCACGGUGACCGCCGCUUGCCACACCCAGCACAGACGCUCAGGGAGCAACCAGAGUGUCAUGAGUGGAGGAUUACCCAGUAAUGACUGGAGCCACGCUGAUAAUGACUCCGGCUGUAACGACGUGCAGCAACGCCGGGUCCGACGCAGCCGCAUCCCCGACAAGCCCAACUACUCCCUCAACCUGUGGAGCAUCAUGAAGAACUGCAUCGGCAAGGAGCUGUCCAAGAUCCCCAUGCCAGUGAACUUCAACGAGCCCCUGUCCAUGCUGCAGCGGCUGACCGAGGACCUGGAGUACAGCGAGCUGCUGGACCGGGCGGCGCGCUGCGAGUCGUCCCUGGAGCAGCUGUGCCUGGUGGCGGCCUUCUCCGUGUCCUCCUACUCCACCACCGUCCACCGCACGGCCAAGCCCUUCAACCCCCUGCUGGGGGAGACCUACGAGCUCGACCGGCUGGACGACUUUGGCUACCGCUCCAUCUGCGAGCAGGUCAGUCACCACCCCCCGGCCGCCGCCCACCACGUGACAUCACAGCGGGGCUGGACCCUGUGGCAGGAGAUCACCAUCGACAGCAAGUUCAGAGGGAAAUACAUUUCUAUCAUGCCGUUAGGUUGCAUUCACCUGCAGUUCCACUCCAGUGGGAAUCGCUAUGUUUGGGGCAAAGUCACCUCCACGGUGCACAACAUCAUCGUAGGCAAACUGUGGAUCGACCAGUCUGGUGACAUUGAAAUAGUCAACCACAGGACAAAGGACACCUGCCACCUGAAGUUUGUCCCUUACAGUUACUUUUCCAGAGACCUCCCACGCAAGGUGACAGGUGUGGUUGCAGACAGCGAAGGCACAGCCCACUAUAUCCUGUCUGGUACCUGGGACGACAAGAUGGAGAGCUCCAAGAUAGUGGAGAGCAGCCGGGGAUGUGGUGGGUCAGAGGGCAAACAGAAGACCGUCUACCAGACCCUCCAGCCCAAAGUGCUGUGGAAGAAAUACCCACUUCCGGAAAACGCUGAAAACAUGCAUUUCUUCUCUUCCCUGGCCUUGACCCUAAAUGAGCCUGAGGAGGGUGUAGCCCCAACCGACAGCCGCCUGAGGCCUGACCAACGCCUGAUGGAGGCGGGACUUUGGGACGAGGCCAACGGCCACAAACAGCGCCUGGAGGAACAACAGAGGCUGGAGAGAAGGAAGAGGGAGGCACAGGCCGCACAGGCCCUGGAAGAAGGCCAAGACGUUGAGGGCUUCCAGCCCCUGUGGUUUGAGAGGAGGACCGAUGACGCAACGGGGGACAGCACAUACGUGUACAGAGGAGGAUACUGGGAGGCCAAAGACAGACAGGACUGGAGUCAAUGUCCUGAGAUCUUCUGAGGAUCUUCCCCUGAGACCGUGUCGUCAUCACUGGGAGAGCUGAGGGCUGACGGACAGACAGGGGGGAGGGCCCAGAGGCUGCAGACACGCGGAGAUGUAGACGACUCUCUGUCCGUGUGUGGGAGUUUGUGUUUCAGGGAGUUGGAGCCCUGUAGUUAAAAAAAAAAAAAAGAAGUAAAAAAAAAAAAAAAGCCAAACUUCAAGUACUGAAAUAUACAUCCAGUUCCUGUCCCCGCUUCCUGAUGUAGUUCUCUAAUCAGACGUGCACUAUCAAACACCUGUAUGUUUUCCAAGCAUACCCUCACUGUGUGAUCUACCCUCAUGGGCACACGAAGGCACCACAAAGAUAGCAAAAUCUGAAAGAUUGGUCCCUAAAAGUUUUUUGGGCAAGUCCACCAUAGGGAACAUUUUGUGUUUGGGUUAGCAUUUGAUUAGACACAGUUUUAGGAUUGGUGUGACUUUUCGGUAUAGGCAUAUAGGUUAGGUGUUAGUGCUACUUCAAGUUUAGGCAUACGAGGAUAGAAGACAAAUGCGUGCGUGCGUGCGUGUGUGUGAGAGAGACUGAGAAGACGAGAGUGAAGCUACUGCAGUGAGACCAGUAUUAAUUUGUGGUGGUAUGCCUGGUGGUGCCUAGUGCCCCAUUGAUCUUGUAAUAAGGUGAUAUCUGCCAUAAGUGUGUUUAUUGUACAGUGCCUUUGAAAAGUACUCUGACCCCUUCACCUUUUCUUGUGGUGUGGAAUUAAUAUAUCAUUCUUUUUUUUUUUGUAUUAGUCUACACACUUAUAGUGUACCCACUGCCCAGUUUGUAUUCUGCCCAUAAUGAUAACAGCAAUUUUUUUUUUACACAUUUGUGUCAAUUUAUAGAAAAUGAAAAACUGGAAUAUCUCAUGUAUAAGCAUUCUGAACCUUUCCCGUGACACUCAAAAUUUAGCUCAGAUGUAUCCUGUGUCCUUUUAUCGUCAUUGAUUUGGCUCUAGAACUUAAUUGGAGUCCACCAACAAAUUCCAUUUAUUGAACAUGUGGAGUGGCUCCAGAAAAAGUAGGUAAAUGUCUUUGAGUGGCCUAGCCAAAGCCUGCACCCGAACCCCACUGAACCUGAUAAAGGGUGUUAAUACUUGUGCACAUAAACAUCAGUUUUUGUUUUCAAUGAAUUGGAAGAUUUUUUUAAACUUAUUUUCAUUUUGGCAUUAUUGAGUAUUAUGAUCAGAUUGAUGGCAAAACACAUGAUUCAAUCAAUUAUAAAUGAAGUCUAUAAAAACCAAUUGUGUAAAAAGUGAUGCGGUCUGAAUAUUUUAUGAAAGCACUGUUUAUUAAAUAUAGGGGUUUUGAGGCUAGGAUAUGCUUUUGCGCUUUGAACUGGCUGGCAACGUGACUGGCCUGCCAAGAACAACUAACUGGCCAGUAGCAAUGUCAGUAGAUAAAGCUCCCCCAAGAUUUUAUAAAAUGGUUAUCAAAAAGCUGCACAUAUAAGCACAGUAACCAGAAACGCCAUGGCUGUCUGCUUCUGGGUUUUCAGUAUACUUUACAUAUUUAUAUGUAACAUCCAUAUUUAUACUGUAUAUAAAUGAUGCAAUGCCAGUGUUUUCUUUUAUGCAGGAAAUAAACACUACCCAAGUUUGUAACAAACUGUCCUUUUCUGUAGUGCAUGUAAAUACAGGUGUUAUAGAGAGGCCAGGCAGAAAGCUUAGACAAGAUAUCCACAAUUUAGAUCAUUUGCAAUAUGUCAGUUUUGUUUAAAUGUUUUGAUUUCUGAAGUGGUCAUACAUGCAUUGUGAAUGGGCAAAGCAUUAGAUUUAAUGAGAUUUUCAAAGUCAUAUUUUCUUUCAAAUCAUGAAUUAUUAAGAAAUCAUAUAAAUGAUACUAUACAUGCGUUGUUUACGGUUUCACGGUGCAGAUGGGGUGUGUACUAAUUAUUACACCUCUUCUGUGUCUGACUGCAGGCAUUUGGGCAUCAGUGAACUGAAGUGUGUUUUGUGGCACCAGAUGUAGCUAAUGCAUGAUUUAGUGAGCUCACACACUGUUUCCUAAUUCUAAUCAAGCAUUAAUUAUCAAAUGGUUUCUUUAAUUAAUUCACAAAAUGACAUGUGAAUUCAACUAUUGUGCCCUAGGUCCUUGAAAAUAUACUGUCUAAGCUUAAAUAAACACACAAACUGUC